CUAUUCCCACCCCUCCCGUGUACACAGAAAAGGUGAACACCUCCCUCUCCGCUGGGAUGCGACUACCUCCCGCCAGGACUGCCGCCUGCCACAGCCUACACGUAGAACGGGAUGGCCAACUCCGCACUGGAGCUGCUGGGUCUUCUCGUGACCCUGAUCGGGCUGAUCGGCGUGGCGGCGAGCACAGGCAUGCCGAUGUGGCGAGUCACAGCCUUCAUUGGAGAGAACAUCAUCGUGUUCGAGACCCGCUACGAGGGUCUGUGGAUGAACUGCUUCAAACAGGCCGACAUCAGGAUGCAGUGUAAGGUCUACGACUCUCUCCUGGCCUUGCCCCCCGACCUACAGGCGGCACGGGGUCUCAUGUGCUGCGCUCUGGCUCUCGGCGGUCUGGGCGUGCUGGUGAGCCUGUUGGGGCUGCAGUGCACGUCGUGCAUUCAAAACCACCGAGCAAAGCGGCUGGUGCUCAUCAUCGCCGGAACCAUGGUCAUCUUGUCGUGCAUCUGCGUCAUCAUCCCCGUGUCCUGGACGGGGCACGUUAUCAUUCGGGACUUCUACAACCCUUUACUGCUCGACGCCCAGCGCCGGGAGCUGGGGGAGGCCCUCUACAUCGGCUGGGUGGCCGGGGCCUUUCUCUUUGCUGGUGGAUGCCUGUUCACUUGCUGCAAUUUACAGGCGGAGGACCAAGACCCGAGGAAGUACGUCUACUCCAGGAACUCCGACUACACGGUGUACCCUCCGCAGCCCAUCCAGACCCUGCAGCCUCAACAGCUUGUGCUGCUUCCCCAAGCCCAGCCGGUGCUGUCCAGACAUCCAUCCACCAACUACAGCUACCAGUCCAGGUACCCGUCUGUACGCAGUGGAGUGGCUUAUCUUUGAACACUGACUGAGGCCAUGACUGGGAGUGGGGCCAAUCAGAGGACCUCACUAAAGGUUGCGUGACAGCAUCGACAGAAACUAAACAAUACCACCUUUGUCAAUUAUUCGUACCAAUCAGAUCCCAAGUCCAGUGAGGAUAAAGUAUGUAUAUCAGAAUCCCAAUCAUCUCAUUGGACUUGGUAGACUGUCUUCUUUCUUCAAUGCCAGAAACAAGAAAACGCUAACGUAACCGACAGUGGUUUUUGAUGUUAUGGCUAGUUGUUUUACAAAAAUAUGAUGGUUGCUAGUUGUUUAAAGAUUUCAAGGUUCUGAAAGAGCUGAUAUGCAGAAGUUGGACGGGAAGCCAAGAGAUGGCUGCUGUUUGUUGAAGGUGUGGAUGCGUCUCUUUGUUUGCGAAGAGGGUAGUCCCUGUGGCCGCCGACCAAGCGUGAUCACAUGACCAGAAACUGUUUUGAAUAGAUACAAAGAGCUUUAAGUCUAACACCUGUAGGCCGCACUUCCAUUGUCCGCUAUCUAUGAGAGGAAGCAACUUUUGCUAUGUAAAUUUGUUUUAUUGCCACUUAAUCCGCAACAAAUAAUAAUUAGAAUGCUCCUAAAACAAUUCUCCUUGUAUUUUUAUACUAGACACUAUCAACUAUAUUAAUGCGAAAUAAAGUUAUGUCUGUUUGUUUCAUGUAUGUCUGCCUGUAAUUCUAUUGUAUUUACACUGUCAGAAAUAAAGUCAGUGGCUUUUACCGCAAAAUUUGGGCAGCUCAGUCCCAAGAAUUUUACAGGAAAAACAGUGGUACCUUUUUUUUCAUUUACAAUAAUGCUCUGUAAAAACAUGACUGUAGACUAAGGUGGUAAGCGUAUUUUACGGUGCAAAUUCUCGUGAAUGAGCUGACAGCUUUGUUUUUUUCACAAAAUCUAGAUUUGGUUUUACAAUGUUGAAAUAUUGAUAUUAAUUGGGGCUGAGGAAUUUGUGAAACAGAAACAAUACAAAAAUAAUGUC